AUGGCGCAGAGUGCGACUACCCAGCUGGACAGCUCUGCCCACCGAGUGGAGCACCUGCUGCAGCGGGCUGGGUCUGCGGAGGGCGGCAGUUCGGGCCCAGCUUCGUCGCUCUCUUCCGCGGGUGCCGCCGCUCCGCUCCUGAUGCCUCUGAACAACUCCGAGGGCGCGACGCGGUCGACAGCUGCAGCUGGCGGCUUCCAGGCGCACGGUCACCUCUCCGCGUCGCAUGCAGGCCCCGCAGUCUUCUUCAAUCCAUCGGGGAGCUCCGAGGGGAACGCCCUCGUCGCGCUCCCUUCCUCCCUGCCCUCGGUCUCCCUGCCGCUCUCUUCUUCACAUGUCGACCUCUCGCAGGUCCAUCCCGGACUCUCGGAAGCCCACGGGGGCGGCAGCGCGGCGGCGGGCGCGAGUGCGUCGUCGCACUUGCUCUCGCAGAUUGGGGCCUCUUCGCUUCUGCUGCUCACUUCGCCAGGCGUCUCGGCGUCCAGCGCCGCCGUCGGCGCCAAGGGAACUGUCCCCGCGGGAUCCUCUGUCGGGCAAGGCAUCCUCUUUCCCCAGGCCUCGGGUGCGACGCUGAUCGCGAAUCCGGGCGCGGCGGGGCCCAGCCUGAUCGCUGUCUCCUCCGCGCCCUUCUCCGGCUCCCACCCCCAACACGCAGCCUUCCUCGCCAGCCAGGGCCAGGCGCCCGCAGCCUGGGUCGUCGACGCGGGCGGUGUCUCCUUUUCCGGCCCGUUUGCCGUGGGGGCGCCGGUCUCGGGCCUCGCGACCGCCGGUACGCUCGCGCGCCGCGGGAGUCCGCAGCCGUCGCCGACGGCCUUCUCUUCGUCCUCUUUCUACUCGCCCCCAUUCCAGGCGGUGCCCACCCACGAGGGUGGAGUUUCCGCCCUCGCGGCCGCCAUUGCCGCCGUGAAGGUAGAGCCCAACGCCGUCGAAGAACGCGCCGAGGCCCGCGACGCGACGGCGCAGGCGGAGACACUCGGCGCCGAACCGCGGCCCGAAUGCGCGACGUCGCCCACGCAUCUCGUCCUUUCGUCAGGCGCGUCGUCGCCCCACCCGUCGCCUUCCAGUCUCGCUGUCUCUUCGUCGGUUCCGCCCGCGUCGGGUCUCCUCGGCAGCAGCGGCUUUUCUUCCUCGUUUGCCUCCGCCGCGCCUCUCGAGGGCCCCGCAGGGGCGCAGUCGCCGAGCGAAGGCCGCGAGGAGCCCUCCCCGGGCUCCACGGCGGCCUGUCUCCUGUCUGGAGACGCCGCGCCUCCGAGCGGCAACGUCCUGUUGUCUCCAACUGUGGGGUCGUUCGAGAGGGACCUGGCAAGAGGAGAAGGCGCCGCGGGCGCGGUCGCCUUCGAGGCCCUGGAUGCUCAGUGCCGACCGGGGCAGGCCCAGAGCGAAUGCGAGACCGCGCCGACUGUCUUUUUCGGGCGUCAGGAACUCGGCAACCCAGAGGGAUCCGGAGUCCAGGCGGGUCUCCUUUCGACGCAUCCUUCCUCGCAGCCGGGCCUCGCAGUUGUCUCCUCGCCUAUUCUCUCCGCGUCCUUCCCCUCGUUCUCGUCCUCCUUCGCUCCCUUCCCCUCUUCGGCCCUCACGGCCGUCACGGUGGAGCGCCUCGCGGCACUCGCCGCCGCAGUCGCCGGCGGAGGGCCAGCGGCGCCCGGCGUCGCCCAGGCAGUCCCUUCUGGGGAGACACUUGGCUUCCUGGGCGCCAGGGCACCGCCCGCAGUUGGCGAUGCCAACGCCGAGACGCCCGACGCGGCUGCGGGUCCGCAGUUCGCGACUGGAACCCAAGGCCCCGAGGGCCAGGCAGCGGGGAAGCGCCCGCGCGGGCGGCCGCGGGGGAGCAAAAACAAAUGCCCGAGGACGGCGACUCGCGCGACUCCGGGCCUCGGGCCGGCCCCCGACGGGGCGGCUUCUGGAGCGGAAGCGGGGCCUGCGCGUGAAGCGUCGCAGGAGGUCGCGGCUGCGGAGGCAGCGGAGACAGGCGAGGCGCCUGCGGAAGCCUCGCCUGGGGCGGGCGCGCCAGCAGCGAAGACGAAGCGCAGGGCUGGCGUCCGGAAGAAGAGAGCAGACUCCGUCGGAGACAGUGGAGACAGUGGAGCUCCAGCGUUCGUCAGUUCCGGCCCGGGAGACGUCGAGCCGACUGCGUUUGUGAUGGCUCACCCCGCUGGACAUGAGGCCGUCCACGGGCCUUCCCUGGGGGCCUCGGGGUCUCCGCAUCUGCCCGCGACUCCCGAAGGCCCAGCACAGGGACCGGACAAAGAGGCCGCGGCAGAGACUGUGGCCGAGGCCCCAGGCGCAGAGGGACCCGCGUGUGGGGCAUUCGGGCCGCCAUGCGGGGCGAAAGAUCCCGCAAGUUUUUCAACCACAACCGCGGCGAGCUGCGCCGAUGGAUCGGGCGCGCUCCCAGGAAGCCUGGGAGGUGGGUCGGGCCUCGAAGUUCCAGCCCCUGCGACUUUCUCGGCCGCAGGCGAAGGCGAGGCGGGUGCCGACAGCCACUCUCAGGGACCGCCUGUCGUUCUGGUCUCGUGCGCCGCCGAGGGCGCGCCGGAGCCGGGCCAUCAGGCCCCCGAGGAAGAGCCGGAUCCGCAGACGCGUUCCCCGGAGAGGCCGGAGGGCGAGGCGGCGGGGUCUGUCCUUUCCGCCCCUUCGGUGUCUCCACCUGUCUCCGUGUCUCCUGUCUCUGCUUCUGCAUCUGUCUCCGCGUCUCCGGCUGUCUCGGAUGCUCCAGCUGUCUCUGCGUCUCCGUCGCCGAGCGAGGGCGGGCCCGCGGCGCUGGUGAAGGCAGACGCAGCGGGGGAACGGGGCAUGUUGUCGGGGGAGGCGCUCGCGUGGCGGGGGCUGGGAAUGAUCAAGGCAGGGGGAAUUCGCAAGAGUUACUCAGCGUCUUUCAAGCUGGCGGUGGUCGCGGCGGCCGAGGGCAUGAGCAGCAACACGAAGGCCGCGAAGCAGAUGGGCGUCACAGAGAGUUUGGUGCGGCGCUGGCGCAUGCAGAAGGCAGUGCUGGAGCAGCUGCCAGGCGAGAAGCUCUCGCGGCGCGGCCGGAAGCACGGCAAGUACGUCACCCUGGAGCAGCAGCUUUGUCUCCACGUAUGUGCAGUGCAGCAGCAGGAAGGGCGGAUCCUCAAGGACACAGAGAUGCGGCGACUGGCGAGCGAAAUCGCGGGCAACCUGGCAGUCUCGGACUUCAAAGCCAGCUCAACGUGGUGCUUUCGAUUCAAGCGACGCUGGGGCCUCGACCGCGUCCAGAACCUCCACGCCGGGGUGGUACCCCCCAAGCGCAUCCAGGCACCUCUCGAGCCCAAUGAGGAGUGCGUUGUGGGGAACCCGGUGGGCCCUGGAGGCACUUUGCCGGGCGAGGAGACAGGCGUAGGCGGCGAGGCCGAGGCUGGGGUGGCUGCCGGCGCCCCCGCGGGGCCUGCAGAUCCGAAGAAAGCCGACAGCGGCCUCAAUUUGGGGGCCGCGGCGGGCGAAAGUCUCGGGGUAGGGGACUUGGGGAUGGCUAGCCAGGAAGGACCGCGGCCGGACGCCCAGGCCGGCGCCCAAACACAGGAGGCUGCGCGAGCCGAGGGCGAGACCCUCGCCCUUGGGGCGCGAGGGCCCAGCCAAGAGCGGGCGACCGGCGACACCGGAUCUGGCGCGAGUCCAGGGGUGCCCGCAGAAGGACCCCCGACGUUUGUCUCUUUCUCUGCAGCGCCUCUCGCUGUUGGGCUGGGCAAGGAGAACAACCGCGAGAAGGAGAAACAAGUUCUCUUCCUCCAGGCGCCGGUCGACGCCCUCUCAGGAAUUGCGGCCCAGAGUCUGCCAGGCGUAUCCGGGACCUUCGUGACUCUUGCCACGGCGCGCGAGGCCCCCGCCGGAAUUGCCGCCCAGGGCCUCGCGCAGCUUCAGGGCGCGAGCGCGUCGAGUGCGUUCGCCUCAUGUCCGGCGCUGCCUUCGCACGGCUUCCACGACCGCGCAGGAGCGCCGGGCGCCGUAGCAAGAGUCACGGGACAGGCGCCCGAAGGUUUGGGCGCGUUUCAGGCCUCGUUUUCCUCAGGGACGCUUCCGCUGGCCUUCCUGACGCCAGCACUGUCGACGCCUGCGCGCGCGGAAUCGGAGCGCGAGGGCGGCUCCGAGAACGGAGACACUGGAAACACCCCACAACAUGGGGCCUUGAGGCCGCCGUCGCCGCCCGAGGGCCUCUGCCUGCUGCUACCUGAGGGCGCAAGUCAGGCGGAGCAGGAGCUGGCUCUGCAGCGGAAACUCGUGGAGCUUCAGCGACAGCAGGAGGCGCUGGAGCGCGAGAUCGAGCAACACCGGGUGCAUGCACAGGCGUUUGAGGGCGACACGGGGGAGGGUGCCGGCGGAGCCGCGGCGGGGAACCACCUUCCACCUCGCACAGAGACACCGGAGGGGACAGGCCUCGCAUCCCCUGUGGCGAGCGACGGACGGCGACCCGAAGAGCCCAAGCCGUCCGAGGACACCCAGAAAAGCGACGAGAGCCUGCCCGGCGCGUCACACGCGACGCUCGCUUCUCCUAUUCACACGUCUUCUCCGGCGUCUCCAACUGCUCUCCAAGCUUCCCAGAUGGGCGCGGGGGUCGAGGACUCUCCAUCCUUUGCUUCGUCCUUCGCGGUCUCCUCGUCCUUCGUCAAUUCGCCCAGCCGGCGCGAAGCCGGUGACCCCACUCCAGGCGUCUCGCGUGUCUCCAGUGCCCCCGCCACAGCAGGAGACAGAGGGUCUGAGCACGGGGACCGGGCGGAGACGGAGACGGUUUGCGGGGAAGGCCGCGCGGGCCUGCUUGCCCAGGAAGCCCCCAAGCAGGCGUCGUCUGGAGCGUCCACUGCGUCGUUCUCUGCUUUUCCAUUCCCUCAGAAUCCGCGCGAGAGAGUCGCAUUUGCGUCCAGUGGUCUGGCCGCAGAGGCGCUUUCGUCUCUCUCGGGGCCUGCGGUCCCUUCCUCUGCCCUCGUCUCUGCGUUCCCUGUGCCGGCGCCGUUCGCCGUCUCCUUCGCGCCGGACGGACGCGUGACUUCCGGAGACAGGGGCGAGGCAGUGUCAGGCGGUCCGCCAGAGACCCCCCAGGCGCAGCAGAUCUCGGGAGCGGGUCUACAGGCCUCGCGAGCUGACACUCUCGAGGAGACGCCCGGCGCGGAGCGAGCUAGGCCGGAGGAGACGCCACAGAAGUGAAGCGGCGACUUGAAAUGAGAGGCAAAGACGAAGGGAAAGGAGGAGCUGGAAGAGGGCGAGGAAGAGACUCGAAAGACGGGGCGACUUCGUGGAGAGAUUUCGUUUUGGAGUUCUGAGGAAGCGGUCGCGCCUCCGCGACACAGGGGGGGGGGAGGGUCGGCGGCUCUGGGCGAGAAGCGGAGAGAAGAGAAACACAGAGGAGAAUCCGACGGUUUCUAAGGACGGAAGAAGGCGCUUCCGCUUGCGCUGGGGAGAACAGAAAAAAGUGAGAGGGUGUGGAGAACUCGGAAAACUCCGGAAAUCGAAUCGGCUUGCUUACAGAGAUUGUUCAAGGGACUGGAAGCAGAACAGGAAACAAAAAUCAACAGAGACCACACAUUUCUCUGUAUAUCCAUAAACACGAAUAUGUAUACAUACAUAUAUAUAUAUAUAUAUGUAUAAGUGUACGCGUCUGCAUAUGUGUAAAGAGAGAGCAGAAACUCUAGGGUGGAACAGUGGAGUGGUAGAGACAGCAGUUGGGGCAGGUUCCAAGAAGACAAGACGAGAGCUCUCGAUUCGGAGAGCGCGAGUCUCAGGAAGAAGGGGAAGGAGGUGGAGAGGAGCGAUCUUUUUCGGUCACAGUUUAGGAAGAGAAAGUUUGUGCAUAUGGGCCGGCGGCGCUUGUGAAGGGCGUCGCUGCCUCGCCACUUUCUCAGUUCUUCUUUUUCAGCUUGGGCAAGCCGCAGAGACUGCAUGCAGCAGUGUGACCCGCGGUCGCGGCUUGGAAGGGCGCUCGUAAGCUUCCUCUCAAGCUGGCCCGAAAUGUCAGAUACAUCUUCCAAACCAGCUG